GCCCAAGAAGCUAUCUACAAAGAUGAGUUUUUAUUGCUGAAGCCAAACUUACAAAAACUGACCAGAUUGUGCAUAGUUGAGGUGCAAUUUAAUUAACGAUAUAUAAUAGCCGUAUGUUCAGAAAAGCUAAUUUGGUGAUAUUCUGAUCCUAUACUCAAUCUUCAGUGACCCACACAGCCAUGGGACUUGGCUUUAACAACGAAAUCCUAUGUUCCUUUGUAAAUCGUUACAUUUUUCACCAUCCUUCCAGAUAAACACCGAGGAGUUUAUCGGGCUGUUGCCUGCGAAUGAUUCCUGUGCAGGUCGCCCUGCUCUGCUUAUAUGGGAACACCUAACCGCGCCGCUCCGCUUCGCUCUGCUCUGCUCUGCCCUGCUGUUUUGCUUGUAGUGUGAAAGAACCCUUAGGGUGACGGAUGGCGAGACAGAGAAAUUUAACAUCGCAUAGUUGCGUCUGCUACUGCUAUUAUCAAGUUAGCAGCGCCUCGGCGAUCCUGUCAGAUAGACUUGUUAUUUUCUUGUCCAUUUUUUUACCCCCUGAUUAUUGUUACAUUGGUCAUUGUCAUAUACCAUCUGAAUCGGAAAAAUGUGCUGGAUUUGAAACUGUAAACGAAAAUCUAAUGCAAUAAAAAGUACAUGAAUGACAAGGAGUUGAAGCAAAAAAGGUGAACAAAAAUGUUUAUACACUACCAUAAUUUUUUCUCAUUAUUAUAUUGUAGGUAUACCUGAGUGCAAUAAAUUUGUGAUGAUGAUAUGCAGCAAUGUCUCAUGAACACGAUGAUCGGCUCAGUUUUCCAAAAUAUCAUAAUGGUGGCUAGCUAAUAGUGGUUAAGUGUAAACAUGUGGAAUCAUGGAAAGGUCGCCAAUCCGUCACCCUAUGGUGGCCGACCACAGAGUUGCAGGCGGGUGCAGGCACCGUGGCGAGAGAUUGGAGUUGACCCCUCUUGUCUAUAACUCUAUGAUUAGCCCACUCUAAUCUUCUUUUGCCUCCUAAGCGUGCAAGUCAUCGUUACACCGCCGUGAUAUAAGAAUUACAGUGAAACGCAGUCUGCACCUCGCUCAGCCCUUAGUGUUGCAAGUCAUCGUGCCUCAGCGGACGUAUAGAAGUGCCCGGGGGACGAAAUUUAGGGCCGAGACAGCGCGAGGCAGUUUUGAACGUGUCCAACUGACUUAACUUACUGGCGGAAAGAAUCUGUCUGAUUACUUAUUCGUUCAUGUUUACAACUUGUUUUCAAAGUGUUUGCUGUUCCUGAUGUCCAGUAGCGAUCAGCAGCAGACAUGCUGGUGGAGGCCCUGCUGUUCGGGGCGCUGAUCUUCCUGCUGUGGCAGAGCUUAAGGAAGCCGCCCGGCCUGCCUCCAGGGAGGUGGGGCCUUCCCCUCGUGGGCUACAUUCCCCUCACGAGGAAGUCCCUCGAGGAUCAACUACAAGACCUCUGGAAACAGCACGGAGACAUCUUCCUGUGGAGGAUGGGGACACAGCCGAUGGUAUUCCUAAAUGACUACAAACUCGUCAAGGAAGCCUUCAGCCGGCCAGACUUCACAGACAGGCCAGACUGGGAGACGGUCAAGGUUUUCGAGGAUCCCGUCGGGGGGGUCGCCUCGAGCAGUGGUCUUCUUUGGCACAACAACCGCCGCUUCUCCUUGCGGCAGCUUCGCGACCUUGGCAUGGGCAAGUCCAAGCUGGUGGAGGCGAUUCAGCACCAUGCGCUGCAAUUCAGGAAGAGCAUCGCGAAACAAGCGGGGAAGGUGGCGCCGAUCCCUUACGACCUCAGAGUGGCCGUGAUCAAUGUGAUUUGGCAGAUGGUGGCAAGUAAGCAAUUUGAUGUAGAAGAUCUCAAAGGGAAGACGUUUGUGAAGCUCAUGGAUGAUUUCUUCAUUGAAUCUAGCCGUUUGGCCUUCAAAGACUUCUUUCCGUGGCUUGAGUAUGUCAUGCCAACUUUUCUCUUUAGGAUCCUGAUAAAGCAUGCUGAUAUGAUGGUCAUCAAAGAGACUUUCUUCACCUACUUCUACGAGGAGAUCGAGCACCACCGAGCCACGCUGGAUCCUGACAACCCACGGGACCUGAUAGACGGCUACCUGCUGGAGAUGGAGGAGCGGAAGGACGACCCGGAGACGACCUGCAGCGAUGGAGACUUGGCUUUCGUUCUGUUUGACCUCUUCUUAGCCGGGAGUGACACCACCAUCCACACCUUCACCUGGAUCUCUGGCUACUUGGCGUCUUAUCCCAACGUGCAGCGGAAACUUCACGCUGAAAUUGACGCCGUGCUGCCCAAGGGUGUUCUGGCCACCUUGGCAGAUAAACCAAAAAUGCCUUACCUGGAGGCAGUAGUUAACGAGGUGAUGAGGAUGAUUUCGUUGGUGAAAUUUGGGGUGCAGCACGCUGCCAACAGAAACACUGAACUUGGAGGCUACACCAUUCCCAAGGGAACGAUCCUGAACACCUCAGUGUUUAUCAUCCACUCGGACAGCCGCUAUUGGGACCAGCCUGAGAAGUUCAUGCCCGAGCGAUGGCUGGACGAGGCGGGCAAGUUUGUGUCCAAGAAGGAAGGUUUCUUGCCAUUCGGCGUGGGGAAACACUCGUGUAUCGGGGAGAAUCUGUCCCGCGUGGAAUUGUUCAUCUUCCUCACCAUCAUCUACCAGAGCUUCUCCGUCGCCCCGCCGCCCGGCAAGACCAUUGACCUGACGCCUGAUAACAGCAGUUUCCUCUUCCACUUGCCAAAGUUCCAUGACCUCGUCUUCACCGCCAGGCAAUAA